AGAGGAAGUGUCUGUAGACAGUACAGUGAACAUGACUAAGAGCAAGACAGGACGGGGCAGGAAGAAGUUGGCCGUCCGAAUGGUCAGGGGGCCGAAAAAGGAUGAGGUCAAUAAGGGUUAUGAGUCGCAGCUUUCCCAAGUGAAGCUACGCGUGAUGCGGUAUCUAGGCGGCCUGGGAGGAAGUCAGAAUCAUGCUUUGUUGGCGGACAGUGAGGCAGAGGUCAGCAGGCAGGCAAUUGCUUGGGAUACACACCGCCAUCUCAAGUUUGACAUGCCCUUUAUAGACAUGAAACCCACCAUCUACUUAGAUCCAUUCCUGCCUCAUGUUGUUGCAUUAGCUACAAAGUCAAGUGACCGUCAGACAAAGGUGGCUGCUUGUGAACUACUCCACUCCCUCGUGUUGUUCUCCCUGGGGCGGGGUGCCACCCAGCCUGGGGAGGCGGCCAAGCGGUGCUCCAUGGCACCACUGUACAAGAAGUUGUUUCCUGUCCUCUUACAACUGGCAUGUGAUGUGGAACUGGUUGCCAAGCAACUGUUUGAGCCUCUGACAAUGCAGAUCAUCCAUUGGUUUACAGGCAGCAAGAAGGCGGAGAGCGAGGAAACAAUCUUAUUGGACGCCAUCUUUGAUGGUAUCAUUCAACCAACAGAUACCAGCCUUAGAGACUUCUGUGCUUCUUGUCUUCGAGAGUUUAUGAAGUGGUCAAUUAAACACACCUCCAGAAAAAUGGAGACAAGCCCCAUCAAUGCUAAGUCAGUAUUGAAGAGACUUUUUACUUACGCUCUACAUCCCAGCGCCUUCAAGAGACUUGGAGCAGCACUAGCAUUCAACAACAUCUACACCAUAUUCAGGGAAGACAACAUAUUGGUGGAUACCUUCACUUUCCAGAUCCUCGUCCAUUUUGUUGAGAGUCUGGCCAUUGCACAUAAGGAUGAGAAGUCUUUAGGUACACAAGAACAAGCAUGUAAAGCCCUAGAACACUUAGAAAAAAUCAUCUGUAAAAAGGCAGACAUCCUGAGGAAGGAGAGUAAACUCCGGACAGAGCCCAGUCAAUGGAGCAAGAUCACAAUAGAUAUCUGUGUGCGCUGGUUCAUGCGUCAGUGUGGCCGACCACAGACAGAGUGCAGACAUAUGUGUAUGAAACUCCUACACAAGAUGACGCCACUCAUACAAGGUAUCAAGUCCACACAGAUGUAUUUCCAGGCCUUCUUGAAGAGUGAAAAACAGAAAUACUUCAUCACAAGGUUUGAAGGAGGAGGUCACACCAGUCACACCAAGGUUGGGUUAGUGGCUUGCCCCACCCUGAUGUCUAUCGGCGACACCUUUACUCUGCCCUCUACCCUGACCUGGUUCGACACGGUCCUGGCUGCCCUGGACUGUUAUACCACAGUGUUUGGGGAAAACCUUCUCACACCAGUGGAUGUAUUUGGAGGUCCUGGUAUGACGCAAACAAAUGUCUAUAAAGCAGUAGCAUACUUUGUGGACAACAUAGCCCUGGCCGACAUCAAGACUGUUGCUGAUCUAUUCCCUAACCAAUCGGAGACAACAUUCUUCACACCUCGAGAGAUCGAUGAAUUCAAUAGAGAAAAGUGUACAGUGAUUGUCAGGCUUAUGAAUUUCCUUUCUGUGGUGGUCGCCACUACCGGGACAAAGGACUUGAUUAAGGCAGUUCCGCCAGAGGUUUGGAGUGAUGCACUCUGGGAAAUGGUGUGUAUGUGUGUGGUGGAGCCAGGCACUGUUGGCUUCAAUCUGGGAGAGGUCGAGGUCAUGAAAAAUUUGCCAAGGGAGAUGGAACAAGUGCUGAUGGUGAUGUCCAGAAAGCUUCCUACUAACUUAUGCGAGAACAUGAAAAAACAGUUCACUAAGACCCUGUCUGGAAAUAGGGAUUUGUCAGGCCACCUUCCUUUGACCUUGAAUGACCUUAAACUUGACCCUAUCUACCUACAACAGCUACUGGGAGGAUACCGCCAGCUCCAUACAGCCAGCUUAAUGACCAGUGUCCACUCUAGGUCAAGGAACGCUGGCGACCUGGCACAGAAACUCUUUAAUAAUGUCUUCCAGGGUGUGGUGUGUAGGAGUACUGGAGGAGGUUUGGAGGCCCUAACUCUCACACCUGUGGUACAUACAUUGGUGAAAGACAUGCUGACACUCAGUUUCCACCUAGGACUACCGGGAAAGGUACUUGUGGAAGCCAUACUUGAACAGACUAUGGUGAGUGGAUCUAGUAAGGGUUUGGAGCAGUGUCAUGGUGACCUCGUCUUCUCAAUGUUUAAGUCUGUGAUAGCUGGUCACAUGGCGUCCGAGUCGGAUGUGUGUGUCAAGGCGUUGGCUGUACGUGCUGGAUCAGAUGGUAGGAAGGUGAGCAGGAUCCUGGUGGCUAUGGUGGACCACGUCACUAGGGACAAGGCACUGAGAAAAAGGGUAGGACAGGACAUAGUGAAGAGUGUACUGGUGCAGUGGAAGACAAUUGCCACUUGGUGUGACAGCAAGUCGUCAGUUGACCUCCAGAGCAUGACCUUGCUGUUACUGACCAAGUUGCUUCUUAUUGACAGUAAGUUUGUAUCCACACCGUCCUCGACAUCAUUUGAGGAUGUGUUUGAUACAUACCUCCGAUGUCUGAUCGACACUAGGACCAACCUCGCGUUUAAGUGCCGUGUAUUAGACCUGCUACCUUUCUUUGUCAAUGUCCCGAAGCCCCACAUCACAAAGCUCAAGACAAAUUUAGACAGACUUGUGGCAGAUAACUUCCCUCUGAAGAGUUCUGAAUUCCCCAAGGGCAGUUCCCAAUAUCGGGACUAUAUAUCGGCUUUAGACAAGAUUUUGAGUGGAUUAGAACUUUCUGGCAGUCUGGUUCUGUUAGAGCUACUCAUCAGUAUUGCUUGUCGAGAACAGAAACACACCUAUGAGGAUACGAUCCAACAGUGUCUCAACAGAUUUAUAAGGAGGCUCCCUGGGGACAAACAGAAGCUAGCUGUAGAUGUAGCCUACAACGUGUUCUGUAAAGAGAGCUUCCCUGCUGAGAUCCGCGUUGCCACCCUGGAGAAGGUCGCCUUGCCGAUGUUACGCUUGUGUCACAAGUCAGCAUUACUAGAGUUCUAUCUGGACCAUAUGAAAGACCUAAGGACCACACUGGAGGCCAAACAGGCUAAGGGCCCAGGGUUGGAGAAUCAGCUGGUGAGUAAGACUGGCUAUUUCCAGUUGCUGGACAUCAUGUACUCCCACCUAACUAAAGACGAGGUCUCCAGCAAAAACUCGGCACUCAACGAGAAGUUUUGUCAGACCAAAGAUGAACCAAUCAAAACAGGAUCAGAGAUGACUAGGGCUGUAAUGAAAAUUGGCCAUGCUGCCAAAGGCGAGGAUACGCGAGGGGAGACAACUCUGCUGAACCAGCGUCGCCUGUACCACUGCGCAGCCUACAACAUGCUUAUUUCUGUGGUGUCUUGUACUCAGACAGAGGCCAAGUUUUAUCAAGUGUUUCUAUUUAAGGAGGACGAGACAAAGGGUGACUUUUUGCUGGAUAAUCUGAUAGAUAAAGAAAGGAGCUAUGAAUUUCCUACAGAGUUGACGUCUCCCAUGGAAAGAAAGAAACAAUUUGUGUCUCUACGAAAGGAGGUGAAAGAACGCCAAAUGAUGCAGGGCAUUACCAUGGAAACAGACUAUGCUUCCUUCAACCUAGCUUCACAGUAUCUGGCAGACAGUAGUCUACAUGAUGAUGUUAGCCAGUACGAUUUCUCCACGGCAGGCACAUCACAGUUUUCACCUUCAUCCUCGGACAAAGGGAAGACACGCCUAGGUCGGAUCUUCAGCUACAACGACCCAGAUGAUGACACAGAAACCAAGGUGGUUGUGCAGGAUGACUAUGUGGAACUGGAGAUGGAUGAUUUGAACAAACAUGAAUGUAUGGCUACUUGCAUAGCCUUGCUACAACACAUGCAAAGGACUGGUGUUACACCCCCUGUCAAUACGGGGACAGUGGCCACCAUGCCGGGGUGGAUGGAUUACUUACACACCAAAAUGAAAAGUGCAAAAACUCAUGUCAACAUCAAAUUGUUCAUCGCAAAGCUUGUCAGCAACUGUACACAGAUGUUUCAGCCAUAUGCACGGUACUGGCUUCGGCCACUGAGCCAGCUGAUUCUGAGUGGAGCUCUCGGGAGCGAGGGAAUUAAUUACUUUGUAGUGGAUAUUGUGGUCACUAUGAUGUCAUGGCACCAGGUGGCCAUUCCUCAGGACACUGCUGAGGAACGUGCCAUGGCAACGCGUGUGGUGGAAUACUUAACAGCAAAUGUGUUCAGUGAAACACGGCCUGUGUUUAGGAAUAACUUGGAGCUACUGAAAACUCUACUCCAGUGUUGGCGAGAACGGCUGGAAGUCCCGUACAAUGUAAUUUACAAGCUGAUGAUGGAUUCACGUGGGGAUCCCAAGUCGCCACGCCACAGCACUGGGAUUCAGAUUCUAGGUGUUGUCCUGGCCUGCAAGUUACCUCCCUAUGGUCCAGUGGCUCCUGUUGACCGAGACAAGUUUUUCUCCACUGUAUCACACUACCUGACCCAUCACCUGCGGUCUGUGUACGCUGCCACAGCCGAAGUGGUCGGUAUGAUAUUCCAGUACCUGGCCGAGAAGGAAAAGGAGACUGAAGGGCCAUUCUACAAUCAUGUGACUGGACUGAUGAACUCCAUCCAUCUCUCUAAGCCUGAAAACUUUGUUAUAGGGGUACACAGAAUCCAGAGACACUACCCCCCUGUGGCUACCAAAUUUGUCAAUAAGAUACUAUUUAUGUUACCGAAGAUGCAUGGAGAGUUCCGCAGCCUCAGUCUGGAGAUAAUUCAUGGUUGUGUCGAAAGCAUUGAAAACAUCUAUAUGGAACUCAAAUCAAAGGGUCUCAUGUCCUAUCUCACUCACAGGGAUGAACAGACCCAGCUUAUCGCUCUUAAGAUUGUGAAGACAAUUAUGGGAAAACUUGAGCCAAAGGAACUAAUGGCCUUGUUACCCCUGGUGACAGCCUUCUCCAGUCAUCCUAGUACAUCCUGUCGUACCGUCAUGUACGAUAUCCUCAUGUGGGUGUACGACAACUAUCGGAGAGAUGACAACGAGGAUGCCCACAUAAUCAUACAACAGACAAAAGAGGGGCUCCUAAGGGGACUUGGGGACGAAGAUCUUCACUCCAGACUGUUGAUCCAGAACUUCUGGAGCAGUGAGACACGUCUGCCACCGGACACCUUAGACCGUCUGGUGGCUAUGCUGGAGGCAAUGUAUGCCCCGGUUACCGAACAACAGUACCUCAGCUAUGCCACCAAUCUCCUUCUGGAAAUGACCUCGAAAAGUCCUGACUAUCAACGACAAAUAUUUGAGCAUCCUCUUUCUGAGUGUAAAUUCCAGGAUUAUAAUGUGAAGUCGUCAUGGAGACAAAGACAUGUAGCCAUGACACCACUAUUUGCCAAUACCAUGGCAACCCAGGCAAUGGACACUGACAGUCCUCCAUCAGACAGCCUGGACGGUCAGAUACAGGCCACAGCAGAUGUCCAGCAGUUCACAGCCACACAAGAUGGUUCAAGAGCCCCAUUUAACUGGCUGACCCAGAGCAGUCUGGACACCUUCACAGAUUAUGGAACUGUUGGGUCAGAGCCCCAGAGUGCUUUACUCUUCAGUGUGGGGGCAGUGGAGACCUCAGCCAGGAUUGGACGUCCCAGGGUCCGUCCUAAACCCUCAGAAUUUGGACAGCCACGUCCAGGGCCCAGUAAAGUCAAAACAGAGGAGAAGGCUGGACCAUCAGAGUCUGAGGAAGGGAAUGAGAUGUUACGCCUAAAGAGAAGAUUUCUAAGAGAUGAAGAGGCCAAUAAGAUUUUCUUUGCAAGGAGGACCACACGGAUAAAACAGAUGAGAGAGGUGGCCUUGCAGGAACAGAAGACACGCCGGGAGAACCAGGUCACAAUGUACAGGAAGUAUCGUAUUGGUGAUUUACCAGACAUACAGAUCAAGUACUCCUACAUCAUCGCACCCCUCCAGGCCGUGGCCCACCGUGACAGCACCAUCGCCAAGAUCCUUUUUAGUGAGCUCUUCAAGGCGAUAUAUGAUGAAAUGGACCAAGUGAAAGUUGAACGUGAGAUAGAGCCAAUCGUAACGCAGAUCAAGAACAGCCUGGGUACAGUUUUAUCACAGUCAGUCCAGUAUCACCCACCCUUCAUCGGCUGUAUGUUGGACAUUGUGUACCAGUUAAGAAGUCAGCUGUCCGUUGAUGUGACCAGUGUGGGUUCCAGUGCCACCUUCAGUAACCUACAGCCUUUAGGUAUUGUAGUAUUAGAAGAGCAGCUUAUCAUACACAAUCCAGAGGAAGGGAGACCAUCCAAGCGAGGAAAGAUGGACACGCUGACCAUCUCCAAAGAAGUUCCUACCUGGAUAGAGCUCGCGAGGUUAUAUAAGUCUGUAGAUGAGUAUGAUGUGCUACUUGGGAUAUUCACUGGUAAAAUUGGCACACAGGAAAUUACCCAGAGGGCAGUGUCAUUUGAAGCAAGGGGAGACUACUACCAAGCCAAGAAGUUAUAUGACGAGGCACUGGGUUUUACCGACUGGCCUGAUGGCAAUCCCGAGAUGGCCGAGGUGGAUUUGUGGGACGAUUGUAGAAUGGAGUGUUUAGAUAACUUGACAAAUUGGAAUGAGCUGGACACAGUGUCGACUUCUGGAAUAGAAGCUGGGGACCUGUCCUCAGUGUGGGACGAUACAUUUUACCAGGAACACUACCUGCCGUUUAUCAUUCGUAGCAAGGUGAAGCUGGUUCUCCAUGGAGACCACCAUCAGCAGUCCCUCAUCAGUUUUGUGGAUGAGGCGAUGAGGAUCCCAGAACACAAGUCUCUACUCGAGAACCGUUACUGUGGAGAUCUGGCACUACUGGCUGUGUGGCAGGAGGACUAUGACCGUGCUCGACACUAUACAACAAUGGCAGUACAGAGGUUCCAACAGGAGUGGAGCAGUACAGAUACACUUAUGAUGUCUAGUCGUGUUAACAAACUACAGCAGUUACAGCCCUUACUGGAACUACAGGAGUUCCUCGACUUUAUAUCUCACGAAUCAAACUUCAGUUCCCCUGGUCCUGCUAACCGUCUGCUGGAGAAGUGGGGGCGACGGUCACCUGACAUGCUGCUGGACUCGGUCAGGGUGUGGGAUGACAUCGUCACCAACAGGAAUCUUUACCUAGAUCACAUUGCAACACGCUUGGCAGCGAGAGACCAAAACUCUGAAGAUUCUAUGGAGGUAGAAACGGCAGACACAUUCCUGGAGUCUAAACUCCGACUCCAUCUACAAAUGGCCGAGAGCUGUAAAGAUCAGAACAAUUACAAACUAGCUUUACAGAUCCUGGGGGAAAAUAAAAGUCAUUGUAAGGGUAGUGGCAAUGCUGGGCUGUGGAUAACUUGGGGCCACCUCUAUACCAGUACACACCACAAGAAAGCACACAGCUCCCAGGCCAGCUGGGCAGACGAUACCUUCACCAGCAUCGCCUCCACUGUGGAUCUUCUCGAUAAAAACAGCAAAAAUGAUACCCUUGAGGAGAUUCCAUCGUUGGGUCGGCGACAUUUUGCUUUGCUGGGACAGACACAUGAGCUAUUGGUCGAUGGUGUACGAUCAGUCAGUGGCCUUGGUUGUCUUGGCGACAGGAACAGACAGAGGCUGAUGGACAUUACAGGGGUCAGCAAAAUGGAUGAGACAGAGCUGAUGGAAAGCCUUGUUAAGCAUGGCUUUGAGAACAUCAAGAAGUCACUACACUACGAGGAAUCUGGAGAUUCCCCACAGAAUGGCUACAGCAGAGACAUGGCCUUCAUGGCUGUCGCCAAGUUCUGUGACCGGAUCCUAAGGAUGGUAGAAGAUGAUGAACUGGAGCUAAGUAAACCCACUAUCAAAACAUUCCCCGAUACUGUGGUCGUAUGUCUGCUAAAUGCUAUGCGGUUAGACUCCAUGGAGGCCAAACAGAGGUUUCCUCGACUUCUACAGCUUGUGGAGCUGUACCCUGACUGUAUGGGCACGUUUAUUGACAAGUGUGGGGAGGUGCCCUGUUGGAUGUACCUGCUGUGGAUCAGCCAGAUGGUGGCCCUGAUGGACAAGCCAGAGGCUCCUGCUGUACAACCUACCCUACUGAAAAUAGCAACUAUGUAUCCUCAGGCUGUUGUAUAUCACUUCAAGCUCAGUCAGGAGGGCUUCCAGUUCAGUAACAAACCUCAAGAUAAGAAGAACAAAGCCAUGGUGGACAGACUAGCAGACCAGCUGAAUGAAGAACAUGUUCCUCUGGUAACCAAACUCAUCUCUGCCUUAGAACAAUUCGGCCAGCCAGACCAAAUAUUCAAGGACUGGGGUAAUGACAUGCUAAGGAUACUGAAGAAAAAGAAGCAGGACAGCAUGAAAGUCAAGGAAAUGUAUCAGGAGAUGUAUCGGCAGGUUUUGGAGCCAUCGCAGGCUACACUGGCCAGUCACCACGACGAUGUUUCGUCCACGCAGACUAGCUCUCAGUCAACCAUUGAGAUGGGGCAGUACCUCAAAAAGUUCUCAGCUAGAUUCAAAAAGGAAAUUGAUAAAUGUUUUGGUGAUGGCGGUAGAAAGCUUGUUGGUAUGAAGAUGAAGGAGUUCUAUGGGAAUUUCCGUAAACUUUGUGAGGAUAUGGACCAGGAGGUGCGUGGUGUACCUAAGAACUCAAAACUCAUUCCUCCGGGAUCACUGAAGGAGUACUGUAAAUGGAUGGUGGAAUUCAACCCAAACACCGAGGGAAACAACUUGGAAAUUCCAGGUCAGUAUACCGGCCUAACAAAGCCUCUACCGGAAUAUCAUGUGAAGAUUGCUGGCUUUGACCAAAGGGUUCUGGUGAUGUCAUCCAUUCGGAAGCCGAAGCGAGUUGUUAUCCGCGGGAAUGACGAGAAGGAAUACCCUUACCUUGUGAAGGGUGGUGAAGACUUACGGCAGGACCAACGUAUAGAACAGCUUUUCUUCCUGAUGAAUCAGGUGUUUGAUCGGGAUCCUGCCUGUCGACAGCGUAAACUUCAUCUCAAAACCUAUCAAGUCAUCCCCAUGACUCCCAGGGUCGGCCUGAUUGAGUGGGUCAGCAACACUACACCCAUGAAGGAUUUCCUCAAUUCCAGUCUCACUGAGCAGGAGUACAACUUCGUUCACCACAAAACAAAUGGUCCUAGUGCACAGCACAAUGCCUGGCUACAAAAGCUUGGGAAGGAUUUGCCGCUAGCUAAAAUGUAUGGUGUCAUGUACCAGAAGUAUAACAAAACAGAAGCAAGUCGAGAACUACGCCUCAAGGAAAAUAAAAUUCCAUGGGAUCUGUUCAGACGGGCGUUCCAUGACAUCAGUACGUGUCCCGAGGCAUUCCACGUACUGCGCUGUACUCUGGCUGUGUCCCAUGCCCUGGUGUCCAUCUGUCAGUACAUUCUAGGCAUAGGUGAUCGCCAUCUCUCCAACUUCAUGAUCAAUCUCAAAACUGGUCAGAUGAUCGGUAUUGAUUUUGGGCAUGCAUUUGGAUCAGCCACUCAGUUCCUGGCUAUCCCGGAGCUGAUGCCAUUCCGUCUGACCCGACAGUUACGUAACCUGAUGCUGCCCCUGGAGGUGAAGGGUCUGAUGGAGAGUACUAUGGUUCAUGCACUGCGUGCUCUCCGGGAAGAUUAUGACUUACUUCUUGCAACCAUGGACAUAUUUGUAAAGGAGCCAUCUGUUGAUUGGCUGGUUAAUGCAGAAAAACAGAUGCAAAGUUUGAAUUUAGAAGAGUCCCUUGAAGAGGAAAACAUUACCUGGUAUCCCAAGGAGAAAGUGUGUUAUGUAAAGAGGAAACUUAAGGGUGAAAAUCCUAGAUACAUAACAAGGGAUGAGCUGAGACUUGGUCAUUCAAAGAAUGAUGCCCUGCGUAACUUUGAGACUGUUGUGAUGGGUGAGAGAGGUGACCUAAGGGCACAACUUGGUCAACACAAUCUUAGUGUGGAGGACCAGGUAGCUGCUCUUAUUGACCAAGCCACAGAUUCCAAUAUCCUUGGUCGUGUCUACGCAGGCUGGGAACCUUGGAUGUAGAACACGUACACUUAUCAAAUACACUAACAUGGACGACGGUCGUGCAUUAUCAGAUCAAAUUAAUAGGUCAAUCAACUGGUCAAGUGUCAAACGAGCAGUAUUUGAGCAGUAGAUUAUAUUGCAUCAUUGACAGCAGGUCUGUAACAUUGUCACAAGAUUUGAGUAACU